AUGAAGGACUGGAAGGAUUACCAGGUGGGGAAGGAGGAGGAGAAGAUGGGUCUGCAGUGGUUUUUGGGGGUGAUCUCCGCUCUAUCACGGAUCUCCCUCCACAGCAUCGCACAAAUCAAAGGAAUCAGACCGUUCCCUUCAGAAGACACCGCACUCAAUGAGGACGAUGUUUACCGCAGUCUGGAAGAGCUGGCUGAUGAACAUGACCUGGGCGAGGACGACAUCUACGACUGCGUGCCCUGUGACGAUGACGGGGACGACAUCUAUGAGGACAUUAUCAAGGUGGAAGUACGACAACCCAUGAAAAUGGGGAUGACGGAGGAGGACAAGAGGAACUGCUGUCUGGUGGAGAUUCAGGAGACGGAAGCCAAAUACUACAAAACCUUAGAAGACAUUGAGAAGAACUACAUGAUCCCGCUGAAGCAGGUGUUCACGCCACAGGAAAUGGACGCCAUCUUUGUCAACCUGGAGGACGUGAUUAAGGUGCACUUCGCGCUCCUCAGAGCCAUCGAACUCAACAUGAUGAACGGUGGAAACGGCCUGGGCAAGAUCUUCCUGGAAUUCAAGGAGAGGUUGUUGAUCUACGGUCAGUACUGCAGUCACAUGGAGAAUGCUCAGAAAACACUGGACGAGCUCAUCGCCACCAGAGAUGACGUGCGCAUCAAAGUCGAGGAGUGUACGAUGAAGGUGCAGGAGGGAAAGUUCAAGCUGCAGGACCUGCUGGUGGUGCCCAUGCAGAGGGUCCUCAAGUACCACCUACUACUGAAGGAACUUUUGAGUCACUCUACUGAUCGACCAGAGAGACAGCAGCUGAAGGAAGCACUGGAGGCCAUGCAGGACCUGGCCAUGUACAUCAACGAAGUCAAACGAGACAAUGAGACUCUGAAGAAGAUCAGCGAGUUCCAGAGCUCCAUAGAAAACCUGCAGGUGAAACUGGAGGAAUACGGCCGCCCCAAGAUCGACGGAGAAAUCAAAGUCUGUUCCAUCGUCAACCGGACCAAGCAGGACCGGUACAUUUUCCUGUUUGAUAAAGUGGUCAUUGUGUGCAAAAGAAAAGGCUACAGCUACGAGCUCAAAGAAAUCAUCGAGCUGCAGUUGUACAAAAUGUCCGACGACCCUAUGAACAACCGAGACAUGAAGAAGUCAAGUGGAAAAAUGUGGUCGUACGGCUUCUACCUGAUCCACCUCCAGGGAAAACAGGGCUUUCAGUUCUUCUGCAAAACCGAGGAGACCAAAAGGAAGUGGAUGGAGCAGUUUGAGAUGGCGAUGUCGAACAUCAAGCCGGAGAGAGCCACAGCCAACCAACACAACUUCCAGAUGCACACGUUUGACAAGAACACCAACUGUAGAGCCUGCAAGAUGCUGCUCAGAGGGAUUUUCUACCAGGGAUACUUCUGCUCCCGCUGUGGGACCGGAGCCCACAAGGAGUGUUUGGAGGUCAUCACCAUCUGCAAAAUCAAUCCUCUUGACUUGGAGCCUGGGAUGGCGUCAGGUCCAAAGAUGGUGGCGGUCAGGAACUACCACGGCGCUCCGGCUCCUCCAGGGAAGGUCCACCUGAGCUUCCAGACCGGAGACUACAUCGAGCUGCUGAAAGGGGACCCCGACACCACCUGGUGGGAGGGGAGGCUGAUGCAGACACAGAAGAGCGGCUUCUUCCCCAGCUCCUGUGUCAAGCCAUGUUUGGAUCCUAAGCCUUUUCAGACUCUCUGUCGACCAUCGUCAAGGGAAGGAGGAGAAUACUACGGGUAUCCGUGGUUUGCGGGGAACAUGGAGAGACAGCAGGCUGACAACCUCCUCAAAUCCCACUGCAGCGGAACGUACCUGAUCCGCGAGAGGACGGCCGAGGCGGAGAGAUACGCCAUCAGCAUCAAGUUCAAUGAUGAAGUCAAACAUAUUAAAGUGAUCGAAAAGGACAGCUGGAUCCACAUCACAGAAGCCAAGAAGUUUGAGAGCUUAUUGGAACUAGUGGAGUACUACCAGGCCCACUCGCUAAAGGAGAGCUUCAAGCUGCUGGACACGACGCUGAGGUAUCCGUACAAGUCGAGAGAGAGGUCGCUCACUCGAGGAAGCACCAGAUCACCAGCCGCCACCUGCGCCUCCUACAACUUCUCCUUCCUCAGUCCACAAGGUCUCAACUUCUCCUCCUCUCCGACCGCUGCCCCCUUCUGGUCAGUCUUUACUCCCAGGGUGGUGAGCACGGCGGUUGCCAGGUAUAACUUUGCAGCCCGGGACAUGCGGGAGCUGUCACUGCGGGAAGGAGACGUGGUCAAAAUCUACAGCAAGAUUGGAGGAGACCAGGGCUGGUGGAAAGGAGAGGCCAACGGGCGGAUCGGCUGGUUCCCUUCGACAUACGUUGACGAAGAGGGCUCGCAGUAA